GUGUUCUUUCCAAGAAUCCAUCGAUUACUGGUAUACCCAGAAGUGACGACGACUGUAAUAGUAAUGGUGUGUAUGCACUACAUUGAAGAAGAACAUAUUAACACUAGCGGAUUUUAUUUAUUUAUUUUACUGAAACGUCAGUAGGCCUAUACUGAAUAUCUCAAGGACUGGCGUUCAGUACAAAGGUGAAUCAUUCACUGUGUUAGUGUUCCCAUUUCAUUGCGAUCAGCGAGUUGCUACCAGACAGAGCAUAGCUUCAUCAGUUACUGUACGUUCAAACCGAAUUUUGAAAAAUAACUAAAGAUAUUUUGUGUUUUAACUGCUAGCUAACCGACCGAAACGAAAGAGAUGGAUUCGUCAGUUAUGUUCAUGGGUCCUUUACUUAUUAAUGGUCAAGCCACCUUUCACAAAAUGGUUUCCACACCAGACUAUAAAGACAUUAAUAAUAGUCAAAACGAGUUUCACAAUACGAAUUCCAGAUUAUAUCCAGACUUGAAGGACAUUGAUAAUGGUCAGACGACAACACAGUCGAGUUCGACGUCAUCAAACGGGUCAGACGCCCCUUUAAUAAAACCAGAAAAAGAAGAAAACGUUGUGAUAAACCAGAAUGUUGAAAAUAAAGACAAAGAAGACUGCCACAUGUGGAGAAACCUGAUCAUUAUUUUUGGUCUGCUGAAUCAGUUGUGGAUCUCGGCCAUAGUCGUUCUCUACUUGGAAAUCAUUCCAGCGACAGACGUCGAAACGCGUCACGUGUUCACGGAAGUUCACGACGACGGCGACUUCUGCGUCCCAUGCGAUGCUGUGUAUCUCACUAAGGACGACGUCCACGACAACAUUCACCGCUUUGAGAAACGCGACGACGACUGCUGUGUUGGCAAGGAGUCUACACUGACUGACAUCGUAACCAAGUUUGCAGAUAAACUGUAUCGUCAACAGAGAGCAAAAGGUUUUGACAGCGGACGGCCAAAUGAGACACACAUCGAGUUGAAUGAUCGAUCAGCUGAACUGAGUCAGCUCGACGUGGAUCAGUCCGACGGAAGUAAGCUGAGAUGGAAGACGGCAUCGUCGUCCAUUGGACGGAACAUAACCUACGUCCAAGAUGGCGGCCUGCAGGUGAAUGUUGCUGGGUUGUAUUAUAUCUACUCACGGCUGGUGUUUGUGGAUGACGGGAAGGACACAGCUGACAGAACGGUCUCUUACUCCAUCUGGCUGCGCAGCUCGGGCAAGGAAGACGAGAAACUAUUGGACAGCGUUUCCUCCGAAUGUAAAAUGACGUCAUCAGUUAAUGGCGUCAUACCCAGCUUCCAAAGCGCAAGCUUUGAGCUGGAAGCAGGUGAUAUUGUCGAGGUGCGCGUGAGUGAUGUGGCGCAUCUUCAUAACUUUGGCGAUAAGAACGAUAAUUAUUUUGGACUUUAUUAUGUGAGGUGAUAUAUAUAAUAUCUCAAAACCCGAAACGUCAGUAAACUGAAAUUCCCUUAAAUCUAAACGUCUUUCAUAGUCUGUUUUUUUAAAUAUCAGCAUUGAACAAAACCUCUUUAAACCGGAUAUACACAGUGGCGGAUCAAGAAAAUCCCUUCAUGGGGCCCGGUGACAUUCCCAAAAGAUUUCUCUGUUUCUUCAACGUCAACAUUGAAAAAUUAAAUGUCUAAUUUUUUAUCUUUUACAACUGUGAUUAUUAAAUCAUGUAAAAAUGGUUUAAUUAAAUAGCGAAGGUGUUGAGACCAAAA